AAUAAGUUCUUUACGUUGAGGUGCUUUGCAGCUUGAUGUUUCCUAACUUUUCCCAGUUGCGUUCAGGAAAGAAGAUGGCUCAUCCCAUCCCUCUCCCAUUUCCAUGCCCAGUCAAGCUUGGACCUAUAAAAGGAGACUCCCUGGAAGCUGACCUGCAUGAGUAUGUCAGGGAAGGGAACUAUGUGAAAGUGAAGAAGCUUCUGAAAAAAGGAAUUUUUGUUGAUGCUGUGAAUUCCAUGGGCCAGACCUGUCUGUUCACUGCUGCACUGCUGGGGCUGGGUAAAAUAGUGGAUGUGCUGCUGGAAUACGGCUCAGAUGCCAAUCACCGCUGCUAUGACGGGAGCACCCCAGUGCACGCAGCUGCAUUUUCGGGGAGCCAGAGCAUCCUCAGCAAGCUGCUGGAUGAGGGAGGAGAGCUCCGGGUGCACGACAGCCAGGGCAGAACUCCCCAGCUCUGGGCUCUGACAGGCAGCAAGGAGAGCAGUGCCCAGAUGCUGGAAUUUAUCCAGCAGUGCACCCUGCACAUGCAGGCUGCCAUUUGGAACCUUCCCUCUGAUCUGCUCAGGAAAGUUGGCUCCUCAAAGGCCUUGAUCUGCAGCCCCUCGAGGUUUGGUGGCCUUGUCCAAGGAAAUGCUGAGGCUCCUCUGGGGAAAUUACUGAAGGGACAACCCAGCGUGGCCAAGAACAUUUACAGCUUUGGUUUUGGGAAGUUCCACCUGGCAGGCAGUGGCCACCUGGGCUACCUGGCCUCCCUCCCCAUUAUUGGGGACAGAGAUGUGGUCCAGGCUGAUGAUGAGCCAGCAUUUUCUUACCCCGUGGGGCCCUACAUGAUCAUGACCAACCUGAUGUGGGGAGGCAGCAGGGUGACAGUGAAGGAGCUGAGCUUCCAGCCCCAGCAGAACAGCUGGAAGCUGCGCCUGGCCGACCUGCUCCUGGCUGAGCAGCAGCACAGCAGCAAACUGCGCCACCCUCACUUGCUGCAGCUGAUGUCUGUCUGUCUGUCCUGUGACCUGGAGAGAACCCGUCUGGUCUAUGAGAGGGUUCACUUUGGCUCUCUCUACAGCAUCCUCCAUGAAAGGCGAGCAGAGUUCCCGGUGCUGCAGACGGAGACGCUCCUGCACGUCCUGCUGCAGAUCCUGGAUGCGCUGAGGUUCCUGCACUCCCGGGGCUUCCUGCACCGCUGCCUCUCCUCCUUUGCCAUCCAGAUCGUGUCCUCAGGGGAGGGCAAGCUCUGCAACCUGGAGCACAUGAUAGAGAGCAAAGACAGCGGGGAGCACAGUGACCUGACCCGAAUCCCUGUCCCGGCCCAGCUGUUCCGCUGGAGCUCCCCUGAAAUCGUCCUGGGCAAACCUGGCACGGUCAAGUCUGAUGUUUACAGCUUCUGUGCAGUGCUGCAGGAGGCCCUGACAGAGAGCCCUCCCUGGAAAGGUGUGGAAGACUCAGCUGUGAAGCAGCUCAUCCUUUCAGGGCAGCAGCUGCAGGCAGAUGUCAGGCUCCCCCUGCUCUAUUAUGAUGUUGUCAAGUCAGGGCUGGAACCCAAGCAGAGGAACCGCUCCAUGAAGCUCCAGGAUAUUCAAUAUAUCCUCAAAAAUGACCUGAAGGACUUGGUUAAAUCUGAAAGUGGUGGAAUACCCAAAGCCCAGAGAUCUGCUGUGCUUGCAGAUGUCAACAUCUGCUGGGCAUCAGCUUUUAGCUUCCAGAAGAGAACAGUGGAAGUCCAGGAAAGAGAGAUAAGCAAGGCUGGUGGUUUUCCUGCCCCCAAGGACUCUGCUUUCCCCCAGGAGAGCAGUGCUGUGGUGCUGCAGGAGGCAGCAGAGCCCCCUGAGCAGGACAGUGUCUGCUCUGAGGGGCAGCCAGCAGCUUCUCCCUGCAGUGAGAGCGAUGUGGACGAGAGCCUGUGCAGCUUUGAGAUGAAUGAAAUCCUGGCCAGUUACCCAGAAGGUCCCCAGGAUUUCCUGCAAGGAGGACCUGGGUCAGGCCAGGCUCCAAGGGAUGCAGAAAGGCAGCAGGAGCAAGAGCAGAGCCAGUGGGAGGCUGAGGAGGAAGAGGAGUCCUCAGGGUCCAGCACAGGCUUCACUGGAGAGGAGGAGGAGGAGGAAGAGGAAGAUGAGGAGGAGGAGGAAGAGGAAAGGGUGAGAGAAGCCCCUGGGCUGUCCCAGAUGAGGGGAGAUGCUGGCAGCAGGCUGAGCAGCCCCUCCCAGAGCGAGCAGCACAUCAGCAAGUGCGUGCUGAACCUGAAGAUCAUGCAGAGCAUGCUGCAGCAGGCUGGGCACUCCCUGAGCAGGACUGAGCAGGAGCUGGACAGGCUGAAGGCCCAGGCAAAGCAGAGCAGGCUGCUCCAGGAGCUCAGGAUGAAUCUGCUCCCCAAGGGAAAUUCUAAAGGAAGACACUGGGAUGGCUCUGGUGCUGCUUCCCAAAGCACCAGCGAGGCUCUUUCUGGAGCUGGUAUUCUUUUACACCAGGCUGUGGCUCCACCAUCCAGGGAUUACAUUCCACCUCCAGUAACAUGUCAGGCACCAGGCAGAGACAGCUUCCAGGCUGUUCCCAGGACAGCCAAGGACAGAGAGGCAAUGCAGAAUGAGAAAUGGAAGAGCAAAAUUGCAGCCACCCAUCGUGACCCGGGCUGCAGCGUGGGGCUGGAUGGUGAAGGGAGCCCAAACCAGGAGCAUUCCCUCCCACACGUGUCUGCAAGGAGCCAGCAAAAGUUCAACUUGCAGUGCCAGAGAGGAGCUGAUUCACAUCCUGCAGCAAGGAGGGAGGAGGAGAAGUGGUGCCAUUCAAAGCCAAGGGUGGAAUUCUGCAGCAAAAAAAGCAGCGAGAAGAGGAGGGUGGUGCAGUCAGGGUGGAGGAUUGAAGUCAAGCAGAUGGCCAGGAGGGUGGCCUCAGGCCAGCUGGGGCUCGGCUGUCCCUACCCUGGCAGCGAGUGCACGUCUGAGAGUGAAGCUGAGAGUGUCAAGGAGAUGCCCCAGGAUGUCCCUGCUGGGACCCCCAGAGCUCAGCAGGGCUGGGGGUGGCAGCCAGGUGAGGCUGCUGAGCCCUGGGACAGUGAGGACAGAACCGACUCUGGGGACAGCGACCUGGAGCCUGCACCCAGGCCUUCCACCACGGGGAGGAGCUGCCAGUCCCCAGCACCAGAUGAGGAGGCAGAGUCUGGAAAAUCCAUUCCUAAGAGUUCAGCCCUUCCUCAGCAAGCUGAGAGUCUCUCUAGAACUUCAGAUGCCGAGGGCAGAGCUGAAGAUGUUUGUGCAGGAUUUUUACAGAGAUCACCUGCAGAUACAGCAAUUCAGGCUCCAGGAGGAAAAAUGCCAUUCUGCUGCACAACACCACAGAGCAGUGGCAGAAACAAGCUGGGAGUGAAUCAGCUGAGCCAAAUGCCUGGAGCCAGUGUGGAUGCAGCACAAGAAGCGAUGCUGUGGGAGCCACAGGAAGAAUGCCAAGAAAAAGAUGUAUCAGUGGCAGAUAUUCAGGAUUUGUCCAGCAUCCCCUGUGAGCAGAACUUCCAGAGGGGUGUGGAGUGUAGAACGCCUCGGCUGAGCCACGCUCCCACCAGUGUCAGCACCCCCCUGGGCUCAGACGAAAAAUUUCCAUUGGCCUUUGAGAAAUACAAACAGUGCCGUGAAUUUUCUUCAGAUUCUUCCUUUUGUGGCUCUCAAGAGACCUCCUCCACACUGUUCAAGACUUUCACCACAGCCUGGGAAGGGGAGAGGAGCAUGGAAAUUCCAGUGGUGGCUCCAAGAGUUUGCCCAUUUGGACCGAAAGAGCCUGUUGGGUUGCCACCAGUUGCUUCAUCCCUGAGGAACACCAGGCAGGCACCUGCACUCUCAGAGGCAUCUCCCCCCUCCAGUGAUGAGCUGCCUCCACCAGCCCAAGAGCUGCUGGAUGAAAUUGAACACUUAAAGCAGCAAGAUUCCAUCACUCCAGGCUUGGAAGGGAUGGGAUUGCCAGACUCCGGAGUGCAAGUGAAUGCUCUUGAUCAAGUUAAAAUGGAAAGCAGAGAGUCAGGAAAAGAAUCUGAGAGAAAUGAGAAGACAAAUCAGAGUUUAUGGACUAAGGAGUCAUUUAAUCUAGCAGAGGAUACAGAAAGGGCUCACUCCAGUCUGGAUGAUGUUUUGGAAAGAAUGCUCCAUGCAGUUCCUGGAGAUGAGGAGAUCCAAGAAGAGCCUCAGGGACACACUCUUGGGGCUGCCAGCCUGCAGGAUCCAGAAGAUGCUGGAAGGAAGAAUGAAGUAGAGCAGAGAGGAGCCUGGGCUGGAGGCAGAGCACCAGGAAUCUCUGCAGGGACUUCAGCAGAUGAGAUCAAGGAUCAGAAAUCCCACCCCCAGCAGCAGCUGGCUCCAGCUCCACCCUUCAGGAGAAUUAUUUUGGAUGAGAGCUCUCUCCAUGAUUAAAACACAGAGUGAAUGAGUUCUACACAUCACCUGCUUGCUGCUGCUUGCACAGUGUUUAUUCUGUGAAUUACAGCCCUUUUUGGCCACAUAAACACCUGUAAAGCUCAGAUUUCCUUGAACAGCAGCAGCAAGUUCAGAAGGAAACCCAGUGCUCUGUGUUCUGAAAUGUUUUGUGCUGGUUUGAUGCCAUUGUUGCAUGCCCAGGCAGUGUCAAUGUGCAGAAGUGAGCUGUUGUUUUUUUUACUGUCACAUCCUUAUGAAACUGCUUUUUAUUCUGCACGUGCACAUUUUCAUAAGCUAGAGAAUUCCUUGCUCUGUUGCAUUAUGCAGUUUUCAGAUUAAAGACAAAACGAUUGUAAUUCUGUGGGCUGCUGGUGCUGCUCAGGCACUGAAAUGUUUCCAUGCUGGAGUGUUGCAGCCCAUGUAGAGUCUGUUUUUCCUUGCUCAUUAAAUUUAACAAGGUAAUUUCUUGUUUUCUCUUUACUUAGUGCUUUUGUGAUCUAGUGUUGAACUGAUUUGACUGAUUAAAGGGAUUAAUUGCUGUGCAAAAAGCUAAUGAGGAAAAGGCAGUGUUCUCCAGAGAUUGCAAGUGCAGCAAUAUGUUCCCUGCCAGCAUCAGACAAGAAUGUGGAAAAAAAUGUGGUUGUUAUGAAGAUACCUGGUGUUUAAUUCAACCACAUUUUGGGUAGGCCUCGUCCAAAAAAAACCCACCAAGAUCUCUGGAUAUAAUUGAGUUUUGGAUGAGAAUUUUGAUAGGCACAGCUCUUUCAUAUUUCACACUUUUUUGUGAUAAAUACUGUUCAAGGUGCAGGAGUGAAGGCUGUCCUGUUCCCUGGGCUUUGAGCUGCUUUUGCACAUCUGGGAGUACCAAGUUUUGUAUUUUCAUUCCUGCUUUUGCAAGGAAAUGCUCAAAUUCUUUACCUGUUCAUU